CCCCGAGGACCUCACACUCUUCAGCUCUCUCUGUCGUUCCGUGGAGCAGCAGGUAGCGGCCGGUGUCGAGGGGACAAAGAGGUGAAGAGAAAGGGGCCGGCCGACCUCGAGGGUCGCGCUGGCCGGGCGCUUGGGGCCUGCAGGUCUCCGGGCCUGAGGAGGGGCUGCCCGACGGCCGCGAACGCGACGUUUCGUCCGGGCUUGUCCAGUAGCAGAAACGGGGCUCGGUUAUCUUUAGACCGUCAGCGAGCCCGGUGCAGAAUCAGGGACGCCGAUCUGGGGCUUCCCACGGCAACGGCCGCCUUGCAAUCCCGGGCAGGGUGUAGACGUGCCCGAGAUGGAAUAAAAGCGUUUCCUCGAAUUCAACCACAAGCGUCCUCAAACAAGGACAAUUGAUAAAUGGCUGUUAGUGGUGCUUGGAGGGAAAGAAGAGGCUCCCUCCACAGCAGCCAGCUUCCCCCGAGAUGGUUCGGCCUGGGGGUGGUAUGUCAUGAUGCCCCCCCAUCCUCCACUCCACUUCCCGGGAGAGAGGCGAGGAACGUCGUGUGGGAGGCGUUACCGAGUUUUCGGAAAGCGCUUUCCACCUAAGGAUGCUGCUGUCCUGUACAGCUGACUGACUUUUCCACUUGAUGCAGAGUGUCUAUGAAUGUUUUGUUCAUGGACUUGCUGGCCAUAUAUAAUCCAGGACUAAGGUCUCAUUCAGCAGUUUGGGUGUGUUUUAUAAUCCUGCUUACUAGCCACGGGCCAGGCAGGCUUGGCAGGCAAAGAGCUUAAAAUCUGCAAACAUACCUCAGUUUUUGCUCUCUGUAUCUUGUCCCAUGCGUGUGGGUUGACUUUCUUCCAGGAAAUAGCCUCCUUAGGGGUGGCACUGGCUAUCCCUUCAUUUCCACUAUUCAUGGUGCACCUCUGUCUCAUUUUUCUGAAACAAUCUCUAGCCUGGUCUCAGCUCCAAGGCAAAAACGUGAAUACUUAACAGGAAGAAGACUGGCAUGGGGAAAUGUGUUCCUUGCUAAUGCUUCCAAGCCAUGGCGCUUCCCAGCAAGUUCUUCCUUUGGUUUUGCUGCUCUGCUUGGCUGUGUUUUCCUGUUAGCCUUGGUACUCAGGCUUCUAGGGAAGAAGCUCCGAUUGCAGCUAGUGUUGAGUUGGAAUCUGAGGCUGGGCCUUGGUCCUUGCUGCAGCCUCUAGAUGGGGGAAACAGAUCUGGCCUCCUUCCCCCUCUCUUCAAGGCUCUGUAUGAUGGGCAAGGUGGGGCUCCUAGGCUACAGCCAGACUCCAGAGCUUUGCGCUACAUGAAGAGGCUCUAUAAGGCAUAUGCUACCAAGGAGGGGAUCCCUAAAUCCAACAGAAGCCACCUCUACAACACUGUCCGGCUCUUCACCCCCUGUGCCCAGCACAGGCAGGCUCCUGGGGACCAGGUGACAGGAACCGUUCCAUCAGUGGACCUGCUGUUUAACCUGGAUUGUGUUACUGCUGUUGAACAUUUGGUCAAGUCGGUCUUGCUAUACACGUUCAACAACUCAGUUUCUUUUCCCUCUGCUGUUAAAUGUGUGUGCAACUUGGUGAUAAAAGAGCCAGAGUUUUCUAGCAAGACUCUCCCUAGAGCUGCAUACUCACUUACCUUUAACUCACAGUUUGAAUUUAGAAAGAAAUAUAAAUGGAUUGAAAUGGAUGUGACCACUCUCCUUCAGCCUCUAGUGGCCUCCAACAAGAGAAAUAUUCACAUGUCUGUAAACUUUACAUGCGGGAAAGACCAGCUGCAGCAUCCUUCAGCACAGGACAGUCCACUUAACAUGACUCUUCUGCUGUUCCCCUCACUGCUUUUAUAUCUGAACGACACAAGUGCUCAGGCUUAUCACAGGUGGCUUUCCCUCCACUAUAAAAGGAGACCUUCACAGGGUCGUGACCAGAAGAGAGAUCUGUCUGCCUGUCCCAUGGGAGAAGAGGCUGCUGAGGGUGUAAGAUCUUCCCGUCACCGGAGAAGUCAGGAAACUGGCAGCUCUGAAUUGAAGAAGACUCUGGUUCCAGCUUCUUUCAAUCUGACUGAGUACUUCAGACAGUUUAUUUUUCCCCAAAAUGAGUGUGAGCUCCAUGACUUUAGACUUAGUUUUAGUCAGCUGAAGUGGGACAACUGGAUUGUGGCCCCGCAAAGAUACAACCCUCGGUACUGUAAAGGGGACUGUCCCAGAGCAGUUGGGCAUCGGUAUGGCUCUCCAGUUCACACCAUGGUGCAGAACAUCAUCCAUGAGAAGCUUGACUCUUCAGUGCCAAGACCAUCAUGUGUACCUGCCAAAUACAGCCCUUUGAGUGUCUUGACCAUUGAGCCCGAUGGCUCAAUCACUUAUAGAGAAUAUGAAGAUAUGAUAGCCACUAAGUGCACCUGUCGUUAACAUAUUUUCCUUGAGCCUCUUUGGCCAAGUAAGUGCCCUUCGCCUAUCUGUGCCUUCAGGAGAAAGCUUCAUGUGUCACAUCUCUAAAUAUAAUGCAAUGUGUGUUGUAUAAGGAGGAGCCUGUGUAGAUUAGCACAUUCUAUGGCAUCUAUCAGCGUAAAGCAGUAACAUCUGCCUUUUUUAUUUCCAGUGUAAAUGUAACAUAGUUAUUUUGGAAAGCUUUAAAUUUUUUUCCCUGAGCGAUUUUUUUUUUACUUUUCGUAGGAGUCUUGUUUGUGAUGUAAGAAAAUAAAAAUUUCAUUAGUAUGAAUCUUGGAUGGAAUUGCAGCUCUAAGUAGACAAUUCAGAGUGCUGUAGUCUUAUUUAAUGGAAGAAUAAAUUCUUGUCAGUGGUAUAAA